AUGUCUCGCCUUCUUAUUGUGAUCCUGUUGCUACUUGCCAUUUCGCCUGUUAUGAGUUCAAAUCUCAACAAACAUGAGAAGAAUGAAAUUCGGGAAAAACUGAUUGAAGAUGUUCUUGGAAAACAGGAUGGAAUUCGGCCAGUCGCUCAGCCAUUAAAUGUCAGUGUUAAUUUUAGUAUUCGCCACGUCAUGAACAUCGAUCAAAAUCGAGGAGUAUUCAUGGGCGAUUCUAGUGUAUUCGAUCAAUACGAGAUCUGGGCACCCAACAUUGCUAUUGUUAAUGUGAUUGGACAUGACAGCAGAGAAAGUUUGUUGCAAACCAUCUUUAUCGAAAACUUUUUUGUAAACAACAAAGGACGUCUCACAGUUCAUAUCGACACAACUGUUUCAGUGAGUUGUGAAUUUGACUACUCGACGUACCCUGCUGAUUAUGUUAAGUGCCCAAUUCGUAUAGCCCCGUCAUCAUUUGCAGAUGAAGUCAUCAUGAACGAAUCCGUGGACAUUGUUUACAUAACAAAACACGGGGAGCGAUCAGUAAGUGUCCAAGAAUUUUGGAUCAUGGAUAUUCUGGCCUAUGUUGAUUUUUUGUCAACUACAGAGACUUCAAGAAAAUUGAACAGGGAUCAAGCGGAUCAAACUGUUUCCGUCCUAACUUUCGAAUUCGUCUUUCAACGAUUUAAUAGGAUAACGGGUGUUCAACUCAGAGCUUCACUGAUUACAAUCACCUUAUUGAUCGGUUCAUGCGGCUGCUUGCUUCCUGGUAUGGAAUUGUUUGUUCUCAUCGGUUCUUUUGCAAUUCAAUUUGUGAAUUUUAUGACAAUGGAAUCUUAUUUACCCGCGGAUUUUGAUAGUACUCCACCCAUUGUUACAAUUGCUGGCUGCUUGGCUUUGGAAACUGUGUUCUUCAUAGUUUGGAGAAUCUUCUCUUGGCAAGUUCGCGUGAAAUACGAUUUCCCAAUCAAUGCGCCAUCCAAAUACUAUUUACACGAAUCAUAUCAUGUGUUAUUGAUGAUUGUUUUAGCUAUUGAUAAGAUUCGGCCAGCUCUUUACUUUUUUCUCUGCAUUGUGAAUUUGUACAAUGUCAUAAUUUAUUCUUAG